GCUGAAGCGAUGCAUCGUUAUUUCAUGAGAAUGAAGGCCGACAAUUCUGACCUUUUUUUUGCAAUGGAUUUGAAUGAAAAGGGUCGACUACGGAAUGUUUUUUGGACUGAUGCAAGGAGUAGGGCAGCUUGUAAGGAGUUUGGUGAUGUUGUGACCUUUGACACAACGUACUUGGUAAACAAGUAUAACAUGUCUUUUGCUUCAUUUGUAGGUGUAAACCAUCAUGGUCAGUCGAUUUUAUUGGGAUGCGGGCUCAUUUAUCAUGAAGAUACAGAGUCAUUUUCGUGGUUAUUUGAGACUUGGAAGACAUGCAUGUGGGGUUGUGCUCCGAAAGCAAUGAUUACCGAUCAGUGUAUGGGCAUGAAGAAUGCUGUAGAAAAUGUAUUCCCUGACACCCGACAUCGGUGGUGCAUAUGGCAUAUAAUGAAAAAGUUGCCCGAAAAGUUGAAUGGGUACAACGACUAUGAGAAAAUUAGUUCGUGUAUGCGCAAGGCAGUAUGGAAUACAUUGACGGUAGAACAAUUUGAGAAUGCUUGGAAUAGGUUCAUCACAAAGUAUGAGCUUCAAACUAACACAUGGUUAGAGGGGUUGUAUCUGGAGAGAAAACGGUGGAUUCCUGCCUAUGUGAAUGGUUGUUUUUGGGCGGGAAUGUCAUCCACUCAAAGAAGCAAGAGUAUGAAUUCAUAUUUUAAUGGUUACAUAAAUUCAAAGACGACCUUGAAACAAUUUGUAGAGCAAUAUGAAAAUGCAUUGGCAAACAAGGUGGAGAGUGAAAACCAAGAAGAUGAGAAAAGUUGGCGAACUUACAUCCCCUUAAUAACUCAAAGUGACUUUGAGAAACAAUUUCAAAGUGUUUACACAAAUGACAAGGUUAGAGAGUUUCAUGAAGAAUUUUUUGAAAGACUUGAGUGUUCUUGUAGUAAAAUAAAAGAAAGUGUGUCUGAAUAUGAGGUAAAAGAAUGGGUUACAUAUGGAGAAGGAGAAGGGAGAAAGAGAAUUCAAGUGUCGUUUAUUGUUGAUUUCAAUGCUGAAACCAAUGAUGCACAUUGUAAUUGUCGAUUGUUUGAGUUCAAAGGAAUGGUUUGUAGGCAUCAACUCAUGGUGUGGAGUCAAAUGGGAGUUGAAAGAGUGCCUGACAAGUAUGUCUUCAAAAGAUGGUGCAAAAAUUUGAAAAGGGUCCACACUAAAAUUCGGAUCAGUUAUGAUAAGUCCUCAACGUUAAUUGAAGCGCAUCGGCAUGACAACAUGUGCAAUCUCUUUAAUGAGGUUGUCGAUUUAGCAGAAGAUUCUCAAGAGAAGUAUAACAUGGUGAUGACACGGGUACGCAAGCUAAAACGAGAGUUGAUGGAAGUUUCGGUCGUUUGUGAAAGUAAUGUGGUUUCACUUGGUGAUGACACGGGUACUCGUAUUGUGGACAUUUCACUUGGAGAUGGGGUUAUACCUUCUGGAGAUGGGGUUAUACCUUCCAAACAGAGCACGAACAUACUUGACCCGGAAAGUCUUCGAAGAAAAGGGAGGCCGCCGUGCAAAAGGAAGCGAGGUGUUGUGGAAAAAGCAGUGAAGAAGAAAAGAGAAACAAAAAAAAAGACGGUAUCUAAUGAAAAUGUCAAGGAGGUUGAGAAAAUUGCACAUUGCCAUGAGUUUGGGACACAAGAGAGUGUAAUAAAUGGCAACCCAAGCUAUAUGGGGCAUUCAAUGUGGCCAAACAUGAUGCCCUAUAAUAUGCAAGCAAAUAUGGCACAAGGCAGAACCAUCUUUUCAUUUUCACCAACUUUUUGUCCAACCGGAACAAUCUUGAACCAAUUUUGGCCUUCUUUUUCAAGUUCACAAAGCCUAUUCAAUGGUCAAUUUUGGAGAGGUCAAUCAACUAUUAUGGACAGUCAAGUUUGGGGAGGAGGACAAUCAAGUUUUUUGGACGACCAAGGUCAAUAUUGGGGGGGACAAGAACCAAGUUUACAGCAAACUCAAGGGCAUGGAUGUGAAAGACGAGAAAGUUUCACAGAUAUGUUGAAUGCAACGAAUAAUGAUGGGGAAUAGUUCACUUGUUUGUUUAAUGGAAAUGAUGAAUAUGUAUUGUUAUUUUUAUUGGUCUUCACAUUGAUGAAUCUGUAUUAGUAUUAACAUUACGACGACUUUUGUUGAACUUGUGAAUGUUGCAAGGUU